AGUGGCCUCUUUCACAUGAAGCUGAUUCUCAGCAAAGACUUCCCAGCUAGCCCCCCAAAGGGCUAUUUUCUGACCAAAAUCUUCCACCUCAAUGUGGGCGCCAAUGACGAGAUCUACAUCAAUGUCCUCAAGAAGGAUUGGAAAGCAGAACUGGGCAUCAGACAUGUCCUGCUGACCAUCAAGUGUUUGCUCAUCCAUCCCAAUCCAGAAUCGGCACUGAACGAGGAAGCAGGCUGCCUCCUGCUUGAGAACUAUGAGGAAUAUGCCUCCCAGGCUCGUCUCCUGACAGAGAUCCAUGUCCAGCCUUUGUUUGGACUGCAUACCAAAGACCCACCUGAGCCUUGUUCUUACUCGGCUGGUGCUUCUGGGGAGAGCCCCAUGGGCAAGAAACAUGCAGGUGACAGGGACAAGAAACUAGCCUCCAAGAAAAAGACUGACAAGAAACAAGCCCUCCAGGGGCUUUAA